AUGCAUCAACGAUGGAAAUUUUCAAUAAAACCAAAUGUUCAUAGCAGUUCCAAAUCAGCGGAUAUAGAUACAUCAGGUAUAUCAAUUGCAUUUCAAUUUUGGUCACUUCUUAUUGUCGGAAUAUUAUCUUUAAUUUGUUCAUUAUUUGUUUUUUAUCGAUAUCUAUCAAAUCAUACACGACUUUAUGCAUUACAUAAUCAUUUUAUUCUUUUAUUAAUGAUGACAAAUAUAAUACUUAUUCUUACAGAUUUUUCAUGGAUGUUGGAUAGUCUUCGUCAAUCAGGACGUGCUCUAUCAGCUACAUCACCAUUUUCUAUGAUCUGGUGGACUGUUGAUUUUAGUUUAUACAAUACUCAAACACUUAUACUUGCUUGGGCAUCAAUCGAACGUCAUAUUCUUAUAUUUCAUAGUAAAAUGAUUUCAACGCGCAAACAAAAAUUUUAUUAUCAUUAUCUUUCAUACACAAUAUUAAUUAUUUACUUAUUUACUUUUUAUAUCGGUGUUAUUUUUUUACCACCAUGUAAAAACGAAUUUAAUUUUAAUGCUGUUGAAUGUGGAUUAAAUCCUUGUUAUUUAAGUAUACAAUUUCUUGUUUUAUGGGAUUUAAUUAUACAUAAUGCUUUACCUACGCUUAUUAUUGCUAUAUUUAGUCUUCCUUUACUUUAUCGUAUAAUUUCACAUAAAAAAACGACUUCGACAACCAAUUCAAUGGCAAAGAUAUCGACUGUUACACUUUCAUUACCAUAUGUUGCAUGUCUUAGUUAUUUACCAAAUGGUACACGACAACAUCGAAGAAUAGUUCCGAUACUUACCUUCUUACAACAUCGACGAAUCUAUACGCGAAACAUCACUAAAUGA